CAGGUCAAGAGACGAAAUGGAAUGAGAAGAUUAAAUUAAAAUAUCGCCUUAAAUACGUACAUAAAAAUUUCUGUGAUUAUUAUUUUUGUUUAUUCCAAAUAAUUUCUUAUUCUAUUAAACAUUGUUUCCAAAACAAUUUUCAUCGAAUUAGACAUGACGUCAUUGAAGAGAAAAAAUAGGGAAAAAUUCAAAUAAGUUGAUAUUUGUUAAGAUAUUGAACUAGUUUACUUUGCUUGGCCUGUUGUUGCUGAUGGGAUCCCUUAAAUUAGUAUUCGCUUUAUUGACAGUUCUCGGCAUCCUUAUAUCAAUCGCAAGUAUUAUCUAUUGUUUUUGGACAACACGCAGAUCUGCUUCAGGCUUAGUGCAAGUUCAAAGAAGGUUGUCUGAUAACGAAAACAAUCAUCUUAAUCAAUCAUUACCAAAUUUUGAAGCACUAAUGCUAUCAGUACAGAAUCUUGGCUGCGCUGGAAUGGAGCGGCUUGGGAUUCCGGCUAGCACGGCAAUGGGAGCUCCACACUCGUCACAACGAGAUGACAGUAGAAGUAUUAGACGAUCCACAUUUCCAACACAACAUGAUCUCAUAAUCUCAGCGAAUCGAAAGACUCAAAAUUUACUUGAGGAAUCUAAGACAGAACCAAAAUUAGGGAUCAAUUCGGAAGCAUAUGAAAGUUAUAAGCGUUGUAAUGUAUAUACUAGUUGUAGUUUAAAUACCAAUUGUCCGCCACACAUUCAUCGACAUGAUGGUGAAUUUGGGCGCGAUCGCAUUUGCAACAGUUUAAGCCAGCAUAAUGCUGAGAUAAAGCGAAGCUAUAUACAAGCACCUCCUAAUAAAUCCAUUCAAGAUGUUCCUGAUGCUACUCAGUCACUCCACACUUCUUAUUACCGGCAGCUUAAUAGCCAUAGGCAGCCCAACAGAAGUGAGAAAAUGAAGAUACAAGAUGCUUUUGAUGUUUCACAACCAUUUCAAAAUUCAAACAAAAAGAUGGGAGAAAAGGUGAAAGGAUUCUUUAUGAAAAUCAUCGACAACGGAAGCAGCGGAUCAGGUUCUCAAAAGAUUGCAAAUUCAGAAAAUAAAGUUCAUAAUAACACAUCCACAACACAUCGAUCGACAUACAUUGCAUCAUCUGAAUCUUCCAAUGGGUUGAAAGACGAUAGCAAUGAAUUACUUUUAAAUGGAAGUACAAACUUACAUUCUAAAUCAUACGAUAGUAAUAAUAGUUUACUUUUGGGAACUGCUUCGAAAACUUCACUUAAGCCGUCGUCUUCAUCUUCUUCGUCAUUGUCGUCGGGGCCAAGUCCGGAUCAUCAUAACUGUCUAUGACAAAAUAUAAUAAUUUAGACUAUUAGGUACUUUGAAAACAGUUAGUUAAUAAAUAUUCAAUUAAACAUGCCCAGAAUAUUUAAUCGAAGACAUUUGAAAAUGGAAAUGAAAAGUAAUGAAAUAAUAUUAAUGCGUCCAUUUAAAUAAAGCAUGAUAUUGAUAAACAAUUCUACACACAAAACCCAAAAUAACCUUUUUUUUUAUUUUCGAUUAUUUAUUAGCAAAACUCAAGAUAGAUGAAGAAUGUGAAAAAUGAAUUAAGUAGAAGAAUGAAGGAUGCGUAUGGAAAUGCGUAAUUUUAACAAAGUGUACGCAUUUGCCAAAAUAAUAAUACUAAUAAUAAUAAUAAUA